CCGAGAACCAUGGCUUUCUUGGGAUCCCAAGCCAGUGACAUCCCCCAGGGACAGGGAGCAGGAGCGCCUUCCCCUCCUCUGUACCCCUCAAUCCUGGCGCAGGAUGGGGAGGAAGAAGAGGAAGGACAAGCGGAGACCUACCUGUGUGUGCGGUGGCAUUCUGGAUGCCUGGGCAUCGCCUACUACGACAGCGCUGACUCCAUCAUCUAUUUCUUGCCAGACACCCCUGACUGUGAUAACCUCAAACUUCUCCAGAGAGUUAUGGAUGAAAUCAACCCAAGAUCCAUCAUCACAAGUGCCAAGCAGGAUGAGAACAUGGCUCGGUUUCUGAGGGGCCUGGUCUCACCCGAGCACAAGGAGCUGGGGACCGCUGAAACUGUGCUGUUGCCCCAUGUGGAUUUUGGUCUAGAGAUCAGCAAACAGCGCAUUCUGUCUGGUAACUUUUCCUUCAUGCCAGAAUCCUUGACAUGCACUGAGAAAAUCCUCUUCCUCUCUUCCAUCAUCCCGUUUGAUUGUCCUCUUACGGUACAAGCCCUAGGAGGGUUGCUCAAGUUUCUGAAUCGGAGAAGAGUCGGUGUGGAACUGGAAGAUGGUAGCGUCAGUGUCCCAAUUCUAGGCUUCAAGAAAUUUGUCUUGACAGAUCUUGUAAGCAUAGACCAGGACACUUAUAGUGUCCUGCAAAUAUUUAAGAGUGAGACCCACCCAUCAGUGUACAAAGGGACCAGUGGACUGAAGGAGGGGCUCAGCCUGUUUGGAAUUCUCAACCGCUGCCGCUCCAAGUGGGGUGAAAAACUGCUCAGGCUGUGGCUGAUGCGGCCAACCCAAGACGUGGAGGAACUGAAUUCCCGUCUGGAUGUUAUCCAGUUUUUCCUGCUGCCCCAGAACCAGGAGAUGGCACUGACCCUGCACGGACUUCUGAGCCACAUCAAGAAUGUGCCUCUUAUCCUGAGACGUAUGGUCCUGUCACACACCAAGGUCAGCGACUGGAAAAUUCUCUAUAAGACAGUAUAUAGUGCUCUGGGCCUUCGAGAUACUUGUCGAUCUCUGCCUCAGUCCAUCCAGCUUUUCCAGAAUAUUGCCCAGGAAUUUUCUGAUGAUCUCCACCAUAUUGCCUGCCUCAUCAACAAAGUGGUGGACCUGGAGUGCAGCACUGCUGAAAAUAGAUUCACUGUCCGACCCAACGUCGAUCCAGAUAUUGAUGAGAAAAAACGGAAGCUGAUGGGACUUCCCAGUUUCCUUACAGAGGUUGCCAGGAAAGAGCUGGAGACUCUGGAUAGCCGUAUUCCUUCAUGCUGUGUUCUCUACAUCCCCUUGAUUGGCUUCCUUCUCUCUAUCCCCCGGCUGCCAUUCAUGGUAGAUCCAACUGACUUUGAGAUUGUGGGCCUAGAUUUCAUGUUUUUGUCUGAAGAGAAGCUACACUAUCGAAGUACCCGAACCAAGGAAUUGGACUCCAUCCUGGGGGAUCUUCACUGUGAGAUAAGAGAUGGAGAGACACUGCUAAUGUACCAGCUGCAGUGCCAGGUGCUGUCCAGGGGGGCAGUGCUGAACCGAGUGAUCGAGCUUGCUUCACGACUAGAUGUCCUACUGGCCCUGGCUAGGGCUGCCCGGGACUAUGGCUAUUCACGGCCCCAGUAUUCCCCUAAAAUCCUUGGGGUGAGAAUACAAGAUGGCAGACACCCACUGAUGGAGCUGUGUUCCCAUACCUUUGUACCAAACUCUGCUGAGAGUGGUGGGGACAGAGGAAGGAUCAAAGUCAUCACAGGCCCCAACUCAUCAGGAAAAAGCAUCUACCUUAAACAGAUAGGUCUGAUUACAUUCAUGGCUCUAGUGGGGAGCUUUGUGCCAGCAGGCAAGGCUGAAGUGGGAGCAGUGGAUGCCAUUUUCACCCGAAUCCACAGCUGCGAAUCUAUCUCCCUUGGUCUCUCCACAUUCAUGAUUGAUCUCAACCAGGUGGCAAAAGCUGUGAACAAUGCCACUGAGAGGUCCUUGGUCCUCAUUGAUGAAUUUGGGAAGGGAACUAACACGGUGGAUGGACUGGCACUCCUGGCCUCGGUACUCAGACACUGGGUGUCCCAAGGGCCCAGCUGCCCCCAGAUCUUUGUUGCUACCAACUUUCUGAGCCUCAUUCAGCUGCAGUUGCUGCCCCCUGGACCCCUUGUAGAGUAUCUGACCAUGGAGACCUGCGAGGAUGGAAAUGACCUCAUCUUCUUCUAUCAGGUCCGAGAAGGGGUUGCAAACGCCAGUCAUGCCUCCCACACAGCAGCCCAGGCUGGACUCCCAGCUAAACUCAUCACUCGUGCAUUGGAGGUCUCAGAGCUGAUCCGAAAAGGAAAACCUAUUAAGCCUGAUAAAGGACUUUUAAAGGAGAAUCAGAUGGAAAAUUGCCAGGCCUUGGUGGAUAAGUUCCUGAAACUGGAUUUGGAAGAUCCUGAAUUGGAUUUGAGCAUUUUCAUGAGUCAGCAAGUUCUACCUACAGCCUCCUCCGUCCUCUGAUCAGCUCUCCUUUCUCCUGGGUAUUGAGUGCUCAUCUAUCCCUUCUCCUCACCU